GGGGGAGGAAGGGAAGACGCCUCCUUGCAGCGAGAUCCCGGGAAGGCUUCCUCGCGACCAAAUAAGUAAAUGAAUGUUUCCAGAGUUGGAGGCUGCCCAAGAGGAAAGGAAGGAGAUGGAAGAGGACCCAGAAGGACCUGGAAUUGGCAAGGAGUCAAGGAAAGGCCCCCAUCCCAUGCAAGUGGGAAGUGGUGCUGAAUUUUGGGAAAGAGCUGAGCCAGAGGUCUUGCCUCGGGAGACUUGGACUGCAGAUGGGCACAGCCAAAGGUUUAGGCACUUCUGCUACCAUGAGGCCAAUGGGCCCCGAGAGGUUUGCAGCCAGCUCCAUGGACUUUGCAGGCAGUGGCUGGAGCCGGAGAGGCACACCAAGAAGCAGAUCGUGGACCUGGUGAUCCUGGAGCAGUUCCUGACUCUCCUGCCCCAGGAAAUGCAGGGCUGGGUCAGAGGAUGUGGGCCGGAGACCAGUUCCCAGGCGGUGGCCCUGGCCGAAGGUUUUCUCCUGAGCCAGGCAGAGGAGAAGAGGCAGGCAGAACAGGUGAGGGAGCUUCAUGCCGUCCCUUCAAGCUGUGACCUUCCACCUUAGCCUAAGGCCUCC